AAAGAAACGAUCAAAGAAAUCCAAUACGGCCGAGGAAAUGGAAAAAAACGAGCUUAAAGUAAUACGUGGAAAACCAGAACAACAGAAAAUGGACAUUUCAACGGUGGAGGUGAAAAACAAUAACAUUGAAAAGCUCAAAAUCGGUUGCGAAGCAAAGAAAACUACCGACCGAGUGGAGAAUAGUGGCAAUGGAACCGGAUCAAUUAGUGCUCCGCUUACGGACUUAGGUCCUUCAAUUGGUGAUUCACAUGAGAACAAGGGGGCUGACAUUCCCAUCCAUCCACCACUCGAUACACAAUCUCACGCCAAAGAUGAUGAUUGGUACGACAUCUUAGUCAUAACAGCUGACUACGAAUUUCCAAAGAACCCAGCAAAUGAAGAUGUGAAAGAAGAGAGAACUCAAGGGGAUUGAAUGAAAAUUUAGAUGAAAUUGG